ACAUUGUUGCCUAUAUCAAAAACGAUGACCACCACUCACGAAGUUCAUCAUCAUUAAAAUCCAAAGUAGCUACAGCUCUAAGUUCGUGAACCAAUGGUGAAUGGAAUUGUUCGUGUGUGGUGUGUGUGUGUGUGUGUGUUCGUGUAGACAUUCCAGAAAAAGAAAAACGAUUCUUAUCAUAAUCAUCUCUGUUUGUCCAUUUUUCUGUUGUUCAGUUUGCUGCUAGAUGAACAAGCUACCUGUUGAGCAAAGCUACCCCUGCAAUUGAGAUCAUACCUGGCCAGCUACGAUCAACAUCAAUAUCUCAUAACCGCGAACGGCAACAACAACUAUUCUUGUUUGUUCUGUCUAACAAGCAUUGUUUUUUUUUUUUUUUUUUUGCUAUCAAGCACUUUCACUUGCUCAUCAAUAAUCGAAUGAUAAUUUGAUCCAGUGAAUAACUUGAAUAAUUUUAAUCUAUAACUGUGUAUGUAUCGUCAUAUAUUGACUUGAAAGAAUCGAAAAGCAACCGCCAAAUCAAUCUUAUUGGUUAAUCAUAAUGUCACCAAAUUGUUUUAGAUUUCUUCUUUACUUUUUUUCAUUCAUCGGUUACAUUGCAUUAUCAUUAACAUUAUCGGACAAUAUGGCCGCUUCCGGUUCUGCAAUGGAUCCAUCAUCAUUACGUUAUUUUUAUACUGAUAAUUCCAUGCAACAGAGUGUUGCCUUCAAAUUUCUUCCACAAUAUGAACAACAAGAAUUACAGGAAGAAAUCCUACAUGUGUUAGGUUUGGAUCAUCGACCUAAACCAAAAAAAUAUGGAACCGAUGAAUCGGCAUCAAAUUUUUUAAUGAAUCUCUACACAUCAUUCAAUGAUGGUCAUCCAUCUAUGGUUCGACAUACAGAUCUGAUUUCGAAUCAAAGUCUUCUUGAAAUGACACAAUCUGAUGUAAUAAUCAGUUUUAAUAAUCGAAUCAAAACACAACGAAAUAAUAAAAAUUUACGUCAUAAUCGUGAUCGACGAUUUUGGUUUAACAUUACGAAUGUUCCCCAAAAUUCGGAAAUUAUCGAUGCUGAACUGAGGAUAUAUCGUGAUCCAAUCCGACACCGUUUCAAUUCAAGCUACACAUUUCAAUUGACAUUAUUUCAGCUUUUUGAUCGUGGCGAAAUCAUCAAGAAUUAUGUAGAUUCAAUCAAAAUCGAUGGUCAUGGGGGAUGGUUACGGUUCAAUGUUACACAGCCAUUAUUAGAUUGGCUAAAAUUUCCUGGUCAAAAUUUGGGUCUUUAUCUACAGAUUCGUACCAGCAGUAUUCCCAAAGAUCUUAGUCCCAAAAGCAUAGGGCUAUUCAAUUCUCGUGGAUUCAAAAAAUAUCAACCAUUUAUGACGGCCUAUAUAAAAUCGAAUACGAAUGACCUACAAACAUCAUCAUCGAAUAGAGCACAAAUGUUUCAGAAUAAACAGCGUGCAAGACGUGCCGUUUUGAAUCGAAAACGAUCUGAAUCUUCGUACUAUGAUCCGGAUGAUCGGAACCCUUUUCUUAAUACGAAUGAUCGAUAUAUAUCAAAAAGCUGUCAGAAACGUACAUUAUUCGUAUCGUUUCGUGAUCUAAACUGGCAAGAUUGGAUCAUUGCACCGGAUGGCUAUUCAGCGUUCUUCUGUCAUGGUGAUUGUUCAUUUCCAAUGAAUACCCAUAUGAAUGCAACGAAUCAUGCGGUCGUACAAAAUCUUUAUCACAUUAUGUAUCGUCAUGUACCGAAACCAUGUUGUGCACCAUCCCAAUUAUCAUCAAUAAUGGUCCUCUACUUUGAUGACAAUUCAAAUGUUGUACUUAAAAAAUUCAAGAAUAUGGUCGUUCAAUCUUGUGGCUGUCAUUGAUUGAUUGGUCCGAUUCAAUUGUAUAAAAAGGAAAUCUUAUCCAUCAGAAUUAAAUUAUGUAAAUUAUUAUUGGCCUCGAAAACAUUCGAAGCAGAUCUCGGCAUGUUGAUCUUGAUUAUAAUUAUGAAUUUUAUUUGUCACAUCUUUUUCAUCACUUUCAUCAACCAUUUUUAAUGCAUACGAAAUAAAGAACUUGUCAUAUAUAGAAUUUAUAAUUCUCCAUUUGAAAACAGUUUUAACCAUUUAAUAAUUGUAAUUUAAAAAAAGAUAAAAUUGUCUUUU